AUGGCAGAACUCGACCGCAUUCCUCCGUCAACAAUGACUUAUGUCAUCGCCACCGCUAUUAUCGCCGGGAUAAGCGGAUAUUUUCUCGGACAAGGGUCGUCGUUGGGCCUGUUCUCAUCCAAGGAGAAAGAAGGUUGGCCGAAUAGCUACAAUGUGAAGGUGCACCGGGGAUCGUCCGACGAAGAAGAUGAGACCGAGGAAGAUGAGGAAAGUGAAGAGGAGGAGGGAGAUGGGAGCGAGCUGGCGAAUUUUGAGAACAAUAAUGAGGAAGUGAAAUUGGUGCUUGUGGUGAGGACGGAUUUGGGGAUGACGAAAGGCAAAAUCGCAGCCCAGUGUUCCCACGCAACUCUCGCCUGCUACAAAUAUCUCGUCGCAAACCCGUCCAGCUCUACGAUCCUGCGUCGCUGGGAACGACAAGGCCAAGCGAAGAUUGCGCUACAGACCAAAUCGGAGGAGGAAAUGGAGUUGUUGCAGGCGCAAGCCAUAAGCCUUGGACUGUGCGCUCGCGUUAUACAAGAUGCUGGACGCACCCAGAUCGCCAGUGGCACCAGGACAGUUCUUGGAGUCUUGGGACCGAAGAGCGUGGUUGAUAAUGUGACGGGACAUCUGAAGCUGCUAUAA